AUGGAUAUUGAGGAAAAGCAAGCGGAGCACGUAGAGUUCUUUGUGAAGCAGGCAUCGAGGAUGAAUGGCGCGGCACUUUCAAACGUCGUCGUUGAGGCCACUAAGCACCCUUCACUCUUUGCUUUUUCCGAGAUUCUCGCUGUUCCCAGCAUUCUCGAGGUCUGCUGCGAUCGCGUUCUUGUUGCAUUAUCUCUUGAAGGAACUGAGAAUAGCAUAUUCCUUGAUUUGCUUACCAUGUUUGCACAUGGUACAUGGAGUGAAUAUAAGACUAUUGCUAACCGUCUCCCUCAAUUGGUCCCCGAGCAAGUCCUGAAGCUGAAGCAACUAACUGUGCUUACUCUGGCUGAUACUAACAAGGUGUUGCCAUAUGAUAUGUUGAUGCGGGAGUUGGAUGUUUCAAAUGUUCGUGAGUUAGAAGAUUUUCUCAUCAACGACUGCAUGUAUGUGGGGAUCAUCAGAGGAAAGUUGGAUCAGUUGAGAAGAUGCUUUGAGGUCGUAUUUUCGAAUUGUGUUGCUCAUUUGGUAGCUUUAAUGUUUUUCAGGGUACAAUUUGCAGCAGGGAGGGAUCUCAGACCUGGACAAUUGGGUAAUAUGAUUCAAGUGCUAGCAAAUUGGUCGGCUACGUCAGAGAGUCUUCUGGUUUCAAUUCAAGAGAAGAUAAAAUGGGCAGAUAACAUGGCUGAGAUGGACAAGAAGCACAGGGAGGAAAUAGAUGAGAGGGUGGAAGAAGUGAGGAAGACACUAUCUUUGAAGGUCAGUUAAGUGAACCGUUCUCUGUGAACGAAAUGCUGUGAUUUUGCUAUCCCAUCAGUAUACAAUCAUAUACAUUUGUUAUAUGUAUAGUAGUUACCACAUAAAUGAAUAUCUGAAUAUGUAUUCCAGGGAGGGUGUUUUUCUUGUUCUCAUGAAUUUAUUUGAGUGCUUUACCUCAAUACCGUCAAAGGUACUGUAAGGUUCUUGGGUUUGGUAAGUGUGUACCAUUUCCCGUUGGUACUUUGUCAAAUUCUUCAUCCUUUAUUCACCACCAAAGCUAGUCGAAAGACGAGUAUUUCCUUUUUUAUAAACAUAAUAUUUCUAAGAAUGGUUGUUUUUAUGGAUGAGAUUGACUGGUAAUGUGAUAUAUUUAUUCUCCAGAGAUCCUUUAUUUCUUUUCUAUUUUAUAUUAUUACAUUUGUUCAAAACAAAUCAACAGGCUCAUUAAGGUCGAGUCUCUAUUUAAGUUGAUUACGUUCAUUAGUCAGGUAUAUCUUUUCUGGAAAAAUAUUAGUGGUUUUAAGCUGGUCGGGGUUCUUCCUGAAGUAUUAUUUAAUUGAUAUAUUGAUUGUUAUUUUUUUUCUGAUUCUCUUUAACCUUCACCCUAAUAUUAUUCUAUUAAGUUAUGAACGUAUAUAUACAUACACACAAAAUUUGGAUGUUGUCUUACUUACGUUGUGGCAGAAGUUAAAAACUUUGGGCAGGUCGACAUUGACUUGCGAGGGCAUGAGGAGCUCUUUUCUGAAUAUGGUGGAGUGAUGGACUUUGACCAAGACCGUAAUCGACCCAAAAGGAGACGACACCCCAUGGGCUGAAGAUAUGUAAUGAAGGAAGAUAAUGUAGGACUGAAGUGUUCGAGCAAUGGGACACACUUUUGAAGUUGGGGGAAAACGAGCCUUUGUGCUUAACUUGUCAGCCAAUCAUAGGCUAAAUUGACAGCAUUAGCUUCUUUUAUGCGACUGUAUUUUCAUUGAGUUGAUGAGGACCAGAUUUAAAUCUUGUUAUAUGGUAAUGAUACAUCAGAGAAUGUUUUAGUACUCCUUGUUGUGCUUGUGAUGAAUGUGCUUCGAAGUCUUUUGGUUCAGUUAUCGUUUACUUUUACGGACUUUCUUUUCGUACGUUGUUCUCACUCAUUAUCUCCUUUUCCUGUGUGUACCGGCUUUUGUGGGUUGACUGUGUGGUAAGAUUUUG